AAAAAAGCUAGGUCAUUUUAUAAACGUUUAUCAUCUGUUUGGGAAACAGUCGAUAUAAAUGAACGAUGGUUAAUGAAUCAACCAAAAAAUACUGAUUUACGUGAUCAUACAUUAUUAAUUGAUGAUAAUAAAUUAAAAGUACGUGAUAAUCCACAGUAUACAGCUAUACAUCCACGUUCAUGGAAAUUAUUUGAAUUAUAUGAUGAUAAUCAUAAUCUAAAAGUAUAUGAAGAUAAUGUUUUAAAUACAGAUGGUGAAUUAAAAACAUGGUUAGAGGGUUUAUUAAAAUGGAACGGAACGGUUGCUGAAUAUGUUGAACAACAUCCAUAUAAUGAUCCACCUUUAAAAGAAAUGGAAAAGAAAACAGAUGAUUCUUGGGGUUCAGGCUGGUGA